CUUGUGUAGCUAGGUACCUAGCAAUGGUACAGGGUUGGUUGAUCUAGAGUAUGGAGUAGGGAAGCUGUCACUUCGCGUAGACAGAAAAAGAAAAAAAAAAUCGUCGAGAUUUCACGCGAGCGACGGAUCGGAUAGGUGGGAUCCACUAGCUAGAGCUAUCGAAUUUCACAGUCAUGGGUCUUGACUUCAGGGGCUUUUUCUUUACUAGAACUAGAAAUUAGCAGAGAGGUGGGAGUCGAGAGAGUAAUGCAGGUUAAAAUAUUACCAAAACUCAAAUCAAGCCUCUGUUUUCUACGAUAUUUAAUAGCAACGUGUUGAUUGUCCCACAGCACUUGUGAGCCUCCCGUUGCGUCCACCCGCCGGCCCCUUUCCUCCUUGUGCCCGCCUUCCUCCCUGCACACAUCUGCGACGUUGCGCUUUGGGACAACACCACCUGCAACAAAUGCCGUUGCUCAUGGAUGGGCUGGCUUAUGCCGGAGCUAUCUGGUCGCCUAUCGUCUUUUGUGUCCAGGGCAUUGGUUUAUAUCAACUCUUUCGCUCCUACUCGCGUCCUCCGCCGCCACCGAUAUCGCCUUCACUCGCAUCUCAGGAUGUACCGCACGUAACCGUAAUCCGUCCAGUCAAAGGCCUCGAGCCCCGCCUUUACGAAUGCCUGAUCUCGACCCUCCAGCAAGCAUAUCCAAGAGACAAACUGAGCAUGAGCCUUUGCGUCUCAUCCAAAGAUGACUCAGCCUACCCUUUACUAAAGAGGGUCGUCGCCGAGUACAGCGCCACACAUGACGUCCGUCUCUUUGUCGAAACUGAGGAUCCGUUGCUCUACGGCACCACUGGUAACAUACGUAACCUUGGCCCCAACCCCAAGAUCCGCAACAUCAGUCACGCCUACCGAGAGGCCAAAGGCGACAUAAUUUGGAUCAUUGACUGCAACAUAUGGGUGUCUAAAGGCACGACUGGCCGGAUGGUUGACAAGCUGUGUGGCUUCUCUACCGGCUCCAGGCCCUACAAAUUCGUUCACCAGCUUCCCCUGUCUGUGGACGUCACUCCACCCCAAGACUCCCAAGUCUGGCAAACCGGCGGCGGCAGACUUGAUGAGAUGUUCAUGGCAACUACGCACGGCAAAUUCUACAGCGCAAUCAACACCGUUGGCGUCGCACCCUGCAUCUGCGGCAAGAGCAACAUGUUUCGCAAAUCCCAUCUCGACCGCCUCACCGACCCGGCACACAACCCUAUACUGUCCAAAGAAACGGUGUCCCGCCCCCGCGGUAUAGACUACUUCUCGGAAUACAUCUGCGAGGACCAUCGGAUUGGAGAUUUGCUUUGGCGUUCGGACGUGCCUGGCCACGGCAACCACGGUCUAGUAUUUGGCGACCUGGCUUUGCAGCCCAUGAUGAACAACUCAGUCGGCUCAUACAUUGCCCGCCGGAUAAGGUGGCUUCGCGUGCGCAAGUGGACAGUCCUACUGGCAACCCUGGUUGAGCCUGGCGUUGAGUCCAUGGUUUGCUGUAUGGCAUUCGCCCACGCUCUGACCACCACGCCGUGGUGUCCCAACCCCGCCAACUGGCCCAUCCCGCAUACCUGGACUGCCCUGUGGUCCAUCUGGUUGGCUACAAUCGCCGUCUGGGCCACAAUUGACUAUGUGGUGCACCGUUUUCUCCACUCCUGCCGCAGCAUCGAGAAGGAUGCAGACACGCCUGACUUUGCGCAAGGCAACGAGCUCACAAACCGACCCUUUGGCGCCUGGGUUUUGACAUGGGUUGGACGUGAAGUUCUGGCACUGCCUAUUUGGACCAGGGCUGUUUUACUGGGCACGACAGUCACAUGGAGAGGCACCAAAUUCAAGGUAAGGCCAGACCAAAGUGCGGUGGAUAUCUCAAGUCCAGGAACCAACCCGAACGGUAAUGGGUCGACGAAUAAAAAGUUGAGCUGAGGUAAUUCUACCUUGGGGUUGGUUUACAGACAUGAAAGGCAUGCUAGCAGGUAACUACUAGGUCUAGCCCGUUAGACAAACUAUAGAAUCCCAUAUUAUUUAUUAGAUAUAUGUUGUAAUACUGAAUAAUCAAAUCAUUACCACGG